AUGAAGAAAUUCGGCUUCGGCAAGAAGGGCGGCGACGACGGCGAUGAUGCCAGCCGCUCUGCCCUCUUUGGUCGCAAGAACAAAUCACCAGCUCCCGCUUCCGAUAACCCCUACGCACAAGCACCUGGUGGUAACGACCCCUACGCCCAAGACACCAACAAAUAUGCCAACAUGACUCCUUACCAGCAAGCUCGAGCGGGUGUGUCUCCUGCUGGUGCUGGUGCUCCUGGAGGCCUUCCCAGCGGACCCCGUGGUGGUGGUGGUGGUGGUUAUGGCGCUCCCCCACAACCAGCAGGAGGUUAUGGCAACGACAAGUACGGUGCUGCUGGUGGUUAUGGUGCCAACCGCUACGACAACAAACAGAACGCUUAUGGAUCGAACCAAUACCCCUCAGCCGGGGCUCGCGGCCCUGGAGGCUAUGGAGGCUUGGGUCGCACCGACAGCAACGACACAGAUGCUCAGCGUGAUGAACUAUUUGGAGGGGCUCAGGAUCGAUACCAGCAGAAGCAGCAACAGCCUGAAGGAUACGGCCAGUCUGCCACCGGAGACGCCAAUGGAGGCUACGGAGGUUAUGGCGAGAGUCGUGAGCUGACGGCAGAAGAGCAAGAAGCCGAGGAGUAUCGUGCGACCAAGAACCAGAUCAACGAGACCCGACAAGAAUCAGUCAAUACGGUCAACCGAGCUCUGCAGGCUGCCUUGCAGGCUGAAGAGACAGGUCGCGCAACACUCGCAAGACUAGGUGCUCAGGGUGAGCGUCUACACAACACAGAACGGAACCUGGACCUGGCAGCAAACCACAAUAAGGUUGCCGAGGACCGCGCCAAGGAGCUGAAGACUCUUAACCGUAGCAUGUUCGCAGUUCACGUCAGCAACCCCUUCACAUCCAAGUCGCGUGCCGCGGCGCGCGAUCAAGCGGUUCUUGAUCGUCACCGAUCGGAACGUGACACCCGUGAACAAAGUAGACAGGCCGCGUUCCAAUCCAACCAACGCAUGGAAGAUGCCUUCAAGGAGAUUUCCCUUUCAGGCCGCCCUCAGGCCAACACGAAGUCCAGCGCAGCUGAGCGCUCUAAAUAUGUCCUCGAAGAUAGUGACGACGAGGGCAAUGAGCUGGCUCGGCGGCAAGAAGACGAAAUUGAUCAAGGCCUUGGUCAGCUUGAGGGUGCCGUUGGCCGUUUGAACGGCUUGGCCAGAGCGCAGAUGAAGGAGGUUGAUGUGCAGAAUAACCUGAUUACGAACAUUGGCAAGAAGAGCGACGCUGUGGAUGAUCAAGUCAGGAUGAACAGAGAACGCCUGAACCGCAUCAAAUAA